GGUCCUUGCGAGAGACAAUAACGUGGGAAAGGAAGGUGGUGCCCAGCCAGUCAUCAAACUCUCCUCGUCCCGCCGGAUGUCUAGUGGCGGAGGGAAGCGAUCAGGUGGAGGUGGUAGCUCGUCGACUGCUGGUGGAACAGCGGCUGGUGGUGCCACAAGCACUGCCGGUGACGAUGAACCGAUAAUGGUUUGAAAUGCGCCAGAACGUAUAUUUAGAAACACAAUCCGCUAAUUAAUGCAUCCUUGACAAUGGGUGAGAAAGUGGUGUCAGUCAUGUGCGACCACAGAAAUAUGUGUUGCGGUUAGGCAAAGGGGCAAAAAGGGGGUUAGUCGGGGCGUAGGAAGUAAAAAUGCUGCUGCAUCCAUUAAUUUAUGAAUCAAUCGUAUUAAAAAGCGGCUCUUGACGUACCGCUGACAGGACAGCGGAGAGCCGUUACCGUGUGACACAGCUAAAUACGAACGAGCAUCGGAACGAGAAAGGAGCCUUCGAAUGCGAUGCAUUUGCAGUUUUGCCUCGUUCUCCUAUAGACAAGGCAUCCCAAGGACGAGCGUGCGAGGAGUAUAGCAGUAAGAAAACGGAAACAAUUGAAAUUAUAGAAUGUUCUUUCUAGACCAGAAUCUCUCCGGCCUUUGGCUUAUCAAUGUAGAUCAAACUCUUCACUCUGCGUAUGUGUAUGAGGAGCCCUAAAGACGAACUCUUACUUCCAUUCUGUUAAUUUUUCUUUAUUUUAUUGACAUCUUUUAAGUUAUAAAAACGCAAUGCACACUGCUGGAGAAGCGGUUUAGGAUGUUAGUACUAGACGUUAAAACAAGUAGGUAGCGAGCGAAUGGCAACUGCCAGGAACAUGAGAGAACAAGUAACAAACAGUCAUUGCUUUCGGGGUGUAUGCAGAAAGAUAGAGUGUGUUAUUAGUUCAGCAGCGACACCUGUUUCGGGAGUGAAUUGAAAAUUCGCAAAGCGAGGGUGCCGUGACAUUAUCUUCGUUGGACAUCCGAAUCCAGAUUUGACAGGACACGCACCCCACACUUGCGAAUGGUUAUCCUCGAAUCAAAGUUAGUUUAAGUAGCCGUUGGAAAUUGGUAUUAUUAUAGAAGUGCAGGGAGUUUGGAGUCUCGACGACCGAACGCACACUAAUUUGUGGAAGAAGGAUGGUCUGGAGCAGGAGGGAGGAUGGGUUUCAAUCUUGUUUUCGUGUAUUUGUAUGCUGUUUGAGCGCGUACGUGAGCGAACGAGGGAGUGUCUGCAUGUGUGUGUGCGUGUGUGAGAGAGUGAGCGUGUGAGAGUGUGUUGUCGAAAUUGCCAACCUCCAAAAUAGCAGUGGCAUACGGCAAAGCAAUAAUAUAUAUACAUAUAUACAUGUAUAUGUUAUAUGUUAAUGUAUGUGGAUACAUACAUACAUGCAUAAAUAUCUACAUGAUGAAAUCGUAUGAAUAUAAAAAUGUAAAGUAAACUGUAAUAUCGAGCCUAGAUAACGACGAAGAAUGCGAUAAGAGUAUAACAAGUGUGUACCCGACGACAGCUUCAAUCAAACAAUCAAUCACUCACUUAUUCACUCACGGCGUUCCGGAAAGAGGGAUAGGUCUUGCGUUUACUUCUACUCCGCGAAACCAACGCCGGGUGUAAACUGACUGGUCAUGCCGAUCAAACACAGGUCACUUGGAUUUGUUCAACAGUCGUCGGAGAGUUUUGAUCGCAUCUCCUAUGCGUUCCGCAUGGGUCAAAGGAUACGAUGCAACAGGCAGUCAGUCAGACAGAAGACAGAAAACAGUAACAGUUUAGUAAAUAUCGAACAAUAACGAGGGGUAAAUUGAUUGUGCAACGAGGCGAAACCAGAAAGGGAAAGAAUACUGAACACCGUCUAAAAACAAGCGAAUAAGAAACGAAUUUGAACAAAGUACAUAAUUUCAUGUUUAGUUGCGUUUUUUUUUUCAUUAUUGUCUUUGAUUUGUUUUGUACAUUUCAUUUCUCAGGUGCGCCAUAUUUUAUGUUGGUUUUGGUUCGUUUUUCUACCUUUUUUAUCUACUUUCUUUGGUUCGACCAUUUCGUUUUCUUUUUCACGUUGUUUCGACAUUGUUGUUUUGUUUGCUGUGGUUCUGUUUCAUUUUAUUUUACUCUAGCACUCUUUAUUUUCAGCUAUUUGAGAUAUUGCUUAGUUAUUGGGUUUUCGGGAACAUUGUGUUUGUCACAGCUGUACCUGCGGUAGUAACACGUUCGAUCGAUCCGAGGUUGACGGAAAAUUGAUACACUUAAGAGGAAGGGAUACGUGUCGCGGAUAUGCAACGCAACUGAAAAUCACCUCGAAGGGCACCACGAGAACGAGGCAAUAAAGGACAAUGAUGUGGUUGGAGAUAGUUGUAUAAAAGGUAAGCGAAAAGAAUGCAGAAGUGAAAUGUUGCCGGUAACAACCGAAUGAUCGCACGACGUAAUCUGUCGAAAAGAUGAUUGCCAUGAACAACACUUUCGAUUGUUUAGAAAUAUAUAUAUUUAAAUAUGACUAAUGCUGUGAACAUUAAUGGAAAUGAAAAUAUGGAAACACUAAUACUAUAACAUUGUUUGUAUCUGUAAAAAAACAAAACAAAAAAUCAAACCAAACUAAGCUGUCUAAUACAACAAAGUGGCCAACUAAUAGUGGAGGCCAAAAAGGGGAAAGCUGGGCAGGAUGAAACCGUGGCAGAGAAACGUAGAGGCGCAGGGCAGACAAAAGGGUAAACCAUGAAAACAAAGCAUUACCAACAUACCUAAAGCGAGGCGAAGGAUAUAUAUUUACAUUUAUAUUAUCAAGCGCCAGGAGAUGCGCCUCAAACCCUCCUUAAUCGAAUACGCCCGAAAUGGUGGAACAAUUCAAUGCAACACAGUAAAUUUGGAUGCUAGCAGCUCUUCUAGCCUUCUCACCUACCGACCCCACCCCUUCCACCUCUCCUAGUAUCGAGCUGUGCGCGAGUACAGAGAUGUUUUCAAUCAAUUUUUAUCAACUUUGUCAUUUCAUCUGGAUUGGGAGUGUUUUUUUGUUGUUGUAUGUUUUGCUACUCUAUUCAAACGGGGAAAAAUAGAAAGCAUAUAGCAUUCACGAUGAAAGCGCGACCCGAAACGCCAAAAACUUUGAAGAAACAAAACUUUAAACCUAAUUGUAGC